GAGUGUAACCAAUAAGCAGCCGAGGAGAAGGUAAGGGCAGGAAAAAAAUUACUACCAUUUUAGGGGAGGAUGUAAGCCACUAUACCAGCCCAUCUAACGUUUUACAGUCGCAUUUAAGUAUCUUUUUAUUGAAAUAAUAAAAUAAACAUGUCGCUAACGAAUUAUUAUUCCAUGAUGGGUCUCCAGACCGAGGAGCCGUACGGUGCACAUUUCAUCCCGGGAGGCUUGCAGGGUUCGACGGCUGGCUGCGCAAAGCCAAACCGGGGAGCGGAUGAGGAGGAGGGGACCCCCGGCUCGCAUAUCCCGGAUUUUUCCCAUUUUUCCAACAAACAGACGAGCCUAAAUGGCUUCUCCCCGUGGACGAACACCUCCACGUCCUCGUCGUCCUCUUCUCCGCAGCUGCAGUCCGCCCCCGGUGCCCCCAUCCCCAGCCUUUUCCAUCCACAUCACCUCCUGAGCCACCACCAUCACCACCCUUACUACGGCCCGCAGGCUCAGACUCACACCGAGCACGUCGCGUCCGCCUCGGAGGGCAGGUUCGUGCGCUGUUGGGAAGGUGCCACGACGACUCCGGACGCCGCUUUGUCGCAAGUUUCGGCCAAUUUCCCCGCGUGUCUCCCCUCUCAGGGUGACCUCUCCAGUCCGAGCCUGAGGUACGAGACAAUUAAACCUGAGAGUUCACCACCCUCGCACGACAGCCCCGAUGAUUCCAGCUUCGCCAGCCCGGCUGAGGUGGUCCUGGAGCGGCUCGGGACUGUGGAUGAGCCGGCAAGGAAACCUGAGCCAAAGAAAGAGGACGAGGAGAGAAAAACACAGCAGCAGCAGCAGCAGCAGCAGCCUGGCCCGGAAAAUCCAGCAGCCAGUUGGAUUCAUGCCAAAUCUACUCGGAAAAAGAGGUGUCCGUACACCAAACACCAGACCCUGGAGCUGGAGAAGGAGUUCCUCUAUAACAUGUACCUGACCAGGGAUCGGCGCCUGGAGGUGGCAGGACUCUUAAAUCUGACAGAGAGACAGGUCAAAAUCUGGUUCCAGAACAGACGGAUGAAGAUGAAGAAGCUGAUGAUCCGGGAGCGGAGGAGUAUGAAUGACUGAUGGAUUUGGAGGCUUUUUCCUUUUCUUUUUGCCAGGAUUCGCGAGGAGGCGGCGAGCUGCUGAAGGGAAGGCAGCCAUGCCCAACAUCCACUGGCAUGAUCAGCUGCUACUAAGCAACAGAUUGUAGAGCCAAAAUGGCAGCCUUAGAAAACUGCAGUGGCAAAACUCUGCAAGGGGAGACCAGGAUGUGCUGUAACACUUUUUUUUUUGUUUUUUUUUAAAGAGCACGUUUUUUGCUCUUCUGAACUCUGGAAUUCAUCCACCUGCACAUUUCAAAAUGAUGACAGUGAAUAUGCAGCGUUGGGUAGUUGUAAAUACUAACAUUUACAGGGGGAUCCCAUAAACUGAACACAGCGGCUCAUAUCAAAGACUCUGCUCAUCUUAAAACACAUCUGUUUUAAUACGGCUGCACAUCUUUGAUGUCCAAAACUGGAAAUGCUUGACACAUACUUGACUUCACAUAAACUGUCUGUGCUUUUAGCCAAAAUGUGAAUCGUGUUUUAUGACUCAACGUUAAAACCGUCGUCCUCAUGAAAACUGCUUUCACUGUGCCAGACGAGACAAAUCACAGGCAAACCCUGUGAGCGAGCCUGGGGGAUGGGUACCUGUUUGUUAUGGCCAAAAAAAAAAAAGGAAAAAAAUAGAUUUUUCAUUUGAAAUAUUUGUGGAAAAGACUGCAAAACGCCCAUAAAGAUUCCAGGUUAGUGAUUACCUAAAAAUAAAAUUGACGUAAAAGCUUACAACUGAUGCAAUGCAUAUGUGAAAUAAUGUCAACACUCGUCCUUAAGAGACAAAACACGUGUGCUAUGGCUGGAGUUAUUCUCUUGUGCCCUGCUGUUCAGUCUCAUUGCAACCUCCUGAAAACAACGCGAAGGAAACAGGUUUUCAUCACGUGGAAGAUUAUUAAGAAAUCUGUGUAACAUCUGAACAUGUGCCUCCAGGUGAAAUGGUGGUGAGCAUGUGUUUCAGAUAUGAUGUAUUGACGCGUGGUCCCCUCUUUUAAAACCUCACAGUGUACAUGUUAGAGCAAAAGUAACAAGCUGCUGACGAUGAACACAUCCUCUCUGCUGGAUCAAGACGGUAAGACGCUUCCAGGUGUGACCGGAUGCUGUUGCCAUGUUGCAUUUAAAGGAUUUGAAGCUGGAAAACCAUUUCUUGUUUCAAAACCUUUGUCUUUUCCUGAUAUUUUAACGGUUUAGUGGUUUAAGAAUAUGCAGAUAUAUAUUGUCUAUCCACAACCUUAUAGAAUAUUUACCAAGUUACAUUUGUGACCUUAAUGUGGAAAAUUAACCUAUGACCAAAAUGUUGUGACAUUUUAUCUAUAAAAUAAAGAAAGGAAAGCUUAAAUAUACCCAAUAAAACAUGCUUCCUGAUGUAUUUUAGUUGUGAUGCAGUCACAGAGGCCUGCACAUGAAUAAUCAUGUGUUGGAGAAUUCAGCCGUGUUACAACCAAACCUGGUCUCCCCUGAAAUAUAAAGGACUCUUAAGCUUUUGUUUUUUUAAUCUUUGCAUGUAGCCUUCACGGCAUAUUUGUUGUUAUCGUUGUCGUUGUCAUUGUUGCUGUGUAUACCUGUCGUUCCUGUGGGUCUGAUACCCAGAUAUGAUCAUGCCUAUAUUCCUCUGUACACAUCCAAGCAAACGCACACAUAUACACACACACACACAUACACGCGCACACACACCAGUCAUGGCUAAGCUAUGGCGUGACAGCAGUCUGUGUUUCCGUGUCACUGUUACCUCCUGUCAGAACAAACAGCUGCAGUCCAUGUGAGACGUUUUAUUAGAGAAAACAAAAAAACGCACAAUUCCAUUUUUAGAAAGUGUGGUGCGGCAGUUAUAGGGACACGAAUAUAGAUCUUAUUGUUUUUUUUUUUUUUUUUUUUCCCCACCAAGAUGAGAUGGACUCAAAGGCAACACACAACUCCACAGGCUAUGUUAGCCUAUCCAGCGGCGGGCCUGUGCCCUGAUUUAACUGGAGCCGAAAAUGUAACGUAACAUGGCCUUUCCUCCUUUGGGCUAAAUAUGCUGCUCAUGCUGACUUUUUAAAUAAAGUAAUAAAAAAUUCUUUACAACAUCAUUGCUAA